GGGACUCUUUACUCUCCUCUUUUUUGACUGGCUGUAGGUAUUGGUGUCUGCCUCUUCUGUGCGCGCCCACGCGUGCUUCUGUGUGUGUGCGUGUGUCUCACUGUGUGUGUUUGUAGCAGAGAGAGCAAGAGGAAGAGGAGCAGCGUUUCCUCUCCCCCCUCUGGCCUCCCCGUCUCCCUGCUCCCUGUCACUCCGUCCUUCCUCCCUCCCGGACUGCACCGGCCUGGACCCUGUACCCAUCAGCCCCUUUGACUCUCCUCUCUUCACCAUCCCAUCUCAGCCUCCGCAGAACUUCCUAUUGAGAAGAAGGAAAAGAAGGAAUCCAUUGUUUAUAUGUACAAAUCCCUUUAAAAGAAAACAAGGCUUAGGUAGAACUGUACUGAACAGACUGAUUUCUCCUCAGGCUUCUGGAAGUGUGACAGCACCUGGUCACAUGACCUGGAAGAGAAAAGCCAGAAGACCUUUUGGAUCGCUCUCUGAAUGGGCCGGUUGUCAACCUGGAAAGAAGUCUAAAGGCUGAUGCGCUGAUCCACACUGCGACACAGCUGUGCUCUCUGUCGGCCCGAUCGGACCAUUUAUGACCUGACAGCCCCGACCCUGCACUUACUCUGGUGACUGGUUGGCUGUCAUUACCAUCUCUUUCUUCCUAAUCCUGGGGAUUUCCUGUCACGUCAUACGCCAACUUCUCCUCCAAUCCCACCAUGGAAUCCAGCAAAGUGCAGUCUGAGGGUGGUCUAAACGUCACCCUCACCAUCCGCCUCCUCAUGCAUGGCAAAGAAGUUGGAAGCAUCAUUGGAAAGAAAGGAGAAACUGUGAAGAAAAUGCGUGAGGAGAGUGCUGCUCGCAUCAACAUCUCAGAGGGGAACUGUCCAGAGCGAAUCGUUACCAUUACAGGACCCACGGAUGCCAUCUUCAAGGCUUUUGCCAUGAUUGCCUACAAAUUUGAAGAGGAUAUAAUCAACUCCAUGAGCAACAGCCCGGCCACCAGCAAGCCCCCUGUCACCUUGAGGCUGGUGGUUCCAGCCAGCCAGUGUGGCUCUCUCAUUGGCAAGGGAGGCUCCAAGAUCAAGGAGAUGAGAGAGUCCACAGGAGCUCAGGUGCAAGUGGCCGGGGACAUGCUGCCCAACUCCACAGAGCGCGCUGUGACAAUCUCGGGCACCCCGGACGCCAUCAUCCAGUGUGUCAAACAGAUAUGUGUGGUCAUGCUGGAGUCCCCACCGAAAGGUGCCACCAUCCCCUAUCGCCCAAAGCCUGCCUCCACCCCGGUCAUUUUUUCAGGUGGCCAGGUAAGAGCCGACCCGCUGGCGGCGUCCGCAGCCAAUCUCAGCCUUUUACUGCAGCACCAGCCACUGCCUGCUUACACUAUUCAGGGACAGUAUGCUAUUCCACAUCCAGAUCAGUUGACCAAGCUCCACCAGUUGGCUAUGCAGCAAACCCCUUUUACCCCCCUUGGACAGACCACCCCUGCUUUCCCCGGUCUGGAUGCCAGUCCCCCGGCCAGUACUCAUGAACUCACCAUUCCCAAUGAUCUAAUAGGCUGCAUAAUCGGGCGCCAGGGAACCAAAAUCAACGAGAUCCGUCAGAUGUCUGGAGCACAGAUCAAAAUCGCUAAUGCCAUGGAAGGGUCAUCAGAGCGCCAGAUCACCAUCACAGGAACCCCCGCCAACAUCAGCCUUGCCCAGUACCUCAUUAACGCAAGGCUGACGUCUGAAGUCACUGGAAUGGGCUCUCUCUAAUUUCUACCCAUCAUCCUUCACUGCAUCACAUGACCCUUGAGCCAAUGGCAUUACACCUUGGUUAUUUUUGUUUCUCUUCCUCUGUACUAGUUUACCCUGAAUUUUAAAUUAUUAUAACAAUUUUAGAUUCUAUAAUCUCUGUCUGUUCCGAAUCGGCAGUUCGUGUUGUUCUUACCGCUCCUGCAUUGUUAUCUGAAAACUCCCCUGGUUUUAUUUUUCCUACCCUUUUAAUUUUAAAGGACACUUAACUUUUUUGACACUCUAGUACCUUUCAUGUCACCAUAUUUUGUCACUGUGAGUCAUUCAUGUUGUCUGUUUUCUUUUUUCUUCCUUUUCUUUUCAACCCAUAUUCUGCUGUGCUGCUGGAUCUGCACCGCUGGUUUCAAAAUUAAUGUAUUACAGCACUAAUAAGUAGUCAGUAGCUCACAGUGGCUCAGACUUCCACGUCACACACUGAUGUAAAGCCAGGAACAAAUCUAGAGAUCGAGGAUCUUUCUUGGACACAACACACACCGUCCGUCAUCAGGCUGAUAUCCGUUUUCACUUUCAGAGCUUCUGAGGACAUAAAUAAUAAAUAAAUAACCAGUUAUAGCAUACAAAGGAGUGGAAUAGAAAUGAUCCGAUGUAGCUUGUGUCCUCACUAAAAAAAUAUAUUCAAAUUAAAUAUGAACAUUUCUCAAAAUUAGAAUUGAUAUAUUAAUAUAAGCCUCUAUGUUAUCAUAGUAUAUUUAACCUACUAAAUCUUUUACAAGAAAAAGUGGAAUGAUUGGUUUGCUGAUGUCUUUGCGUGUGUAAAUGAUUCAUGAUUCAUUUUGAUUCAUUUGUAGAGCAUUUAUUUCUAAUGCAGGUAAAAGGUCUGUAGGCUUCUGAGUGCUUUUUGAACAUGUAGCCACCUAAACUGCAGCUCAUACACAGCAACAUGUUUCCCAGAUGUUUCUCAUUGACUACUGUGUCUGGAAUCAGCAAGAUUCCUUUAGGGCCAGUGUGUGAAGAUAGUUUUGAAGAUAAAAGAUUUGAUUGGUUUGGUUGAAAAUCUCUACAUUGUACCAUUAAUCAGCCCUGUUGUGAUGCCAAGUAUUGUAAUAAUAAAAAAAAAAUCCUUCGGCACAAAUUGGGAUCUCAGCAUCUACUUUUGUAAUUCGUCACGGAAUUUUUUAUUUAUUUAUUUAUUUUGGCAUUAAUUUUCGACUCAAACCACCAUCUGCUUUUUAUUUAUUUAUUUAUUUAUUUAUUUAUUUUGUAAUUCAUCAGAAAUUUCUCACCAUUCAGUUUUAAUUCAAACCACCAUUUUAUUUUAUUUUUUGUUGUUGUUGUUUUUCUGGCUUUCCAAUGUCCAGUCCAGAGCUUUAAUCGCUUUCAUUCUCUACUUCUAUCAUUUGUUUUGGCAAUUUCUUAGUAUAAUCAGCAUCAUUGUUAACACUUUUGUAACCUGCAUCUCUGUGAAAUCUCCAGUAAUUUCCUGUGCUACUCUGUGUGUGUAAUCUGGAGUUAUAUUGAGACCCUUUCAGAGCCAAAUGUGUAGCAUUUUGGAAAUGUUCGUAUCCGUUUGGCCGGUUUUGGCUCUGGUCGUCAGCUGUUCUUCUAAAAAUGACACUCUGAACCACAAAGCCCUAUCAAGCACACAUGACAUCAGCAAAUAGACUCUAUUAUACAGUUUUUCCAGCUUAGUAUUUAAAUCUUAAAUGAACCUCAGUGUGCACCUCAGUGUCAGGAUUAAAGGAUUCGAUACUCAGGCUGAGUUGAAUGUAAUUCUUUCAUCGACUAUUCUUUAAACAGAGACUGUAAUUCUGUUUUCUCCUCAAAAUGUUCUUCAAAUCAGAAGGAUCACAUCCUGACCCGGUUUUCAAGACUCAGAUUAAGUAAGUGCAGUAAAGUAGAUUAGAAUUUGACUGUAUUUGUUUAGCAUCGAGUAGGCUUUCAAUCUGGGAUUAGACUUAAUCUGAGUCUGACAGAACACUUAUGAAACCAAAUAUCUAUCCAUAAAAGAAACUGUUUUAUGCUUUAAACAUU